UCGAACUGCUUCCCUUCUCGUUUUUACUAGGUGAUUCAUGGCUGCCUAGCCAAAUUACAAGAAUACCCCCUCACACUGAUUUCGUCAUAAUCGGCGGCUCAGAUCUUGGUUAUGAACGUGCUUUAUCAUUCUGGAAAGUAGAGAUUAAGACCUUUCCAACGCGUAUAAGCUCAUUUCUAGAAGUUACCUGAGCAGCACGCAAUGAUUCGUUGAGUUCGUCAGACUUAAUCUCUAAUUAGUUCUCUCCAGAUUUGCACGAUUUCCAUCAGUGGUAUCAGAGCCACGGUUAGAGGACGUUCUUUCCUCCAUUGGAAGAGAUCUAGAGAGGCUUGAAGUGCUCCAGAUCUAGGGUUUGACAUGGCCCAAAAGUUGGAUGGCCCUCCUAGGUUUACCGGCUCGGACUUUUCGCUAUGGAGGUUCCAGUUCACACUAUGGCUAGGUAUUAAGGACCUAGAAAGUGUGUUGGAUGGAUCGGAGAAGCGACCACGAGCUGACUCUGGGGAGGCGUCUACUGGAGCAACCAGCCAAGUGGGAUCCGGGGCUGGGGGAGCAUCGUUGAGUGGGGGGAAUGAAGGAGGAACCGCUGCAACUCGAACCGGAAGGUCGCAACCAAGUCGCGAGGAGUUGCUCAAAGCUCAAGAAGCAUGGGAUCGGAAGGAUCGCCAGGCAUUUCAGUACCUGUGUUGGGCUUUGGAGGGGCAACUUGAGCUUCUUAAGAUGCUGAUUGACCUGAAGGGGAAGGAAGGUGCAGCAGCUGCAGCUUGGAAAAGAGUGCAAGAUAGGCACUUGCAAAAAGGGCUUCUAAGCGUGCUUACUUGGCGGAAGCGGUUUUACACCAUGGAGCGGAACUAUGGGGAGGGGGAGACCAUGGUUCAGUAUCUCCAGAGGGUGGAUGAGAAUGUGAGGGCUUUGGAGGAGCUGGAUUACACGGUAGAUGAGAAGGAGAUCAUCUAUACUGCACUCCAAGGGUUGGAUCAAGCGGCUAAUGAGGCAUUACUACAGUACCUUCACCUCGAGCAACAGAAAUGGACCAAGGUGUGGAUUUGGGAGGUUCUAAUUUCUGAUGAGGCUCGCAAGGUUGAUGCUGGGAGAGGCCUAGAAGGAGGCAUGGGUGCAGCAGAUAAAGCUUCCUUCAGGAAAGGCUAUCAACAGCAAGGAGGUGGGGGGAAGAAGAAAGAGUUGGACAAAUGCCUUGUGCCCGGAUGCAACAAAAAACACUCUUGGAAGAGUUGCUGGAGUAGGCCUGAGGGAUGGAAGCCUCACGGCUACUCUGGAGAGGCCCCACCAGUGACCAAACCUGAUUGGGUGGAGAAAAGGAUGAAGAAGGGGCUCUGGAAUAAGAAGGGCAGCAAGGGAGCAACGGCCGCAGCUGCUAAGGAUGAGAAGGGGAAGGGCCAAGACGACUCCUCCGAUGAUGGUUUCUCGUUUCUCAUGCUAGGGCAGGAUGCAGCUCUCGCUGGUCGUGCAUUGGCUGAUCCCAACUUCCUGGUUCUAGACUCUGGAGCAACAUCUGGGAUGCUUCCUCGCCGUGAUCUCUUCACCUCCUACCAUCCUCUCCCACCAAAUUCGAGGAACGUGAUUGUUGGGAGCGGAGAUUUGCUGCAAGCAAUUGGCAUCGGCACGAUCACCAUUAAGGGGAAGGAGGGGGAGCUAGUGGGUGUGAAGGGGGUCCUUCACGUCCCUGGUUUGGCUGCAAACCUCCUUUCAUGCUCGCAGCUGGCUAAACAGGGAUACAUCUGCACUUUCACGGAGGGAGGGUGUACUGUUAGAAAGGGUGAAGCUGUGGUGAUGGAGGCAAAGCUGGACAAGGGUUUAUACCUUGUUCCAGCUUGUGUGCCUAAUUGUUACAAGGCACAUAUGGUUUUUUCUGAGGAAGCCGCUUGUAGCACUCGCUGGAGGCAGGUGGAAACGGUGUCACCUGAGUUGCUACACCUUCGCAUGGGGCACGCGGGGAAGCAGCAACUGCUGGAGUGUGUGAAGAAGGGGGAGCUGAAGGGGGUGGAGGUCAAGGAAGGAGCUGGGCAGCAGAGCAAAUGUCCCGACUGCACGUCUGGAAAGCUGCCUAGAACCUCAUUCCCUAUCUCCUCUGAUCAUGCCUCGACUCCCCUUGAGCUGGUGCACACGGAUGUGUGUGGACCGAUGCAAACUCCUGACCGGGAAAGGGGCAGCAGGUACUUUGUCACCUUUCUUGAUGACUUCAGUCGACUUAGCUGGGUCACCUUGGUGAAGACCAAGGAUGAGGUGGCAAAGGUGUUUAAGCGGUGGAUACGCUAUGUGGAGAGGGAAUCAGGGGCCAAGGUAAAGGUGUUAAGGUCAGAUCGGGGUGGAGAGUACCUUGGGAAAGAACUUCAAACCUUCUUGGAAGAAAAGGGUAUUACCCACCAGCUCUCUGUACCUUACACGCCGCAGCAAAAUGGGGCAGCGGAGCGGCUUAACAGGACCUUGACCGAUUUGGCUCGGGCCAUCCUUUCCCAUGCCGAGCUUGAUAACACUUGGUGGGGGGCAGCAGUGCAGUAUGCCAACUGGGUGAAGAACAGGAUGGGCAGCAAGGGGCUUGGAGGCAAGAGCCCAUACUCCUUAUGGACAGGGAAGGUGCCGAAUGUUUCCAUGGCACGAGCGUGGGGGUGCAUGGCACAGUAUAAGGUACCUGACCAGCAAAGAAGGAAGCUAGAUCCUAAGGCACAGUGGGGGAUCUUCCUUGGGGUUUCUGAGAGGAGCAAGGCUUGGGUGCUGUGGAGUGUAGCUGACCAGCGUGUGAUGGAGAGCCGUGAUGUGGUUUUCCAUGAGGGGCUGAAUUUUAAGGGGUGGAAGGAGCAUGGUACAAGCCAAAGUGGGACUUCCAUUCAAGACCCUCAUACGGCUUCUAUCUUUGAGGGGGCAUGGGAGGACCCUGGAGAUGAAGGGGAGGAGCAGCAGGAGGAGCCAGAACCAGCUGAUCCUAACCAUGAGGAGUCCCGAGAGACAGAUUCUACCCCUCAGCCAGCCACGCAGGCCGAUGCGCGUGAUGAUCAGCCGGAACAGCAUGUGCCUUCAACUCCAUCGAGAAGCAGUUGGCAGCAGUUGUUGGACCAGCAGCUGUCCAAGACUCCGAGGACUCCAAUGAAGAGGGUGACUUGGGAGGAGAAGCUGCGGAGGCUGGAAGAAGGAGAGGCAACACCUCUGCGACGCAGUGCUCGAAUUUCCCAGCCACCUGAAAGGUUUACCCCGGGGCACAUUGCACGCAUGCAUGAUCAUCUUGUGUCUGAUUUGGAUGAUUGCAUGCUUGUGGACAUGCAUGGGCAUGAGUAUGCUCUUGAUGUGUGUCUAAUGGGUCAGGUGCAUGAGCCUAGGUCAGUCCACGAGGCGCUGAACCGUCCAGAAUGGGUUGAGUCCAUGCAUGAGGAGCUUGAGUCUCACAAGGUAAAUGGAUCAUUUGAGCUGGUUGAUCCAGCAGUGGUACCACCUGGUUUGGAGGUCCUCAGGUGUCAAUGGGUUUGGAAAUACAAGCAUAACCCUGAUGGUACUGUUGAGAGGCCUAAGUCCAGAUUGGUGGUGAUGGAAAACACGCAGAAAUUGGGAGUACACUAUGAAGAAGUGUACUCUCCAGUUGGGAAGCAUGCGACCUUGAGAGCCACAGAUUGCCUUUGCAGUCUCACAGCUAUCUAAGGUCGCCUCUUGUCCUAAAAUGUUUCACUUGCAGGCCGCUAAGAGAGUGCUGAGGUACCUGAAAGGUGGUGUCAAGUCAGGUAUCUUCUUCCAAACACAGCCCCAAUCUCAGGUCCAGCUAGUUGGCUUCAGUGAUGCUGACUAUGCUGGAGAUUCCGCAAGUCGCAGGAGCCACAGUGGGUAUGUGUUCUGUCUGAAUGGGGCAGCUAUCUCUUGGCAGAGCAAGAGGCAGCCCGUGGUAGCACUCUCUACCACUGAGAGUGAGUAUAUAAGUCUGUGUCAGUGCAUUCAGGAGGGUGUCUGGCUGAGGCGUUUGUUUGGGGAGUUUGGUCAUGAUCAUGCUGGUGGUGUGCCUGUGUUUGUGGAUAAUCAGUCUGCCAUUGCCCUUGCACAGAAUGCAUGCUGGCAUGGCCGCACCAAACACAUGCAGGUCCGGUGGCAUUUCAUUCGGGAGAUGGUAGCUGCGGGUGAGGUGAUUUUGCAGUGGUGCCCUACCAACCGUCAGGCUGCUGAUAUUCUUACCAAGUCUCUUCCAUUUGAGCGCCAUGGUGUGUGCAUGACCUUGCUCGGGAUGCAGCCCCAUGAUGACAGGGUUCCCGCAGCAGAUGCCGGCGUCUUGGUGCUCCUCUCCUUGGCGGACUCCAUGCUCUGGGUGGCCCCAACCCAUGAGCAAGGGGGAGUGGUGUGAAGUCUUUUGCCCUAUGGUGUUGAGCCACACCCAGCACGAGCAAGGGGGAGUGAUAAAUGUGUAGUAUUCUGUGGUGUAGUUUGCUCUAGCUGGUUGUGGGCUAUUGGGUUUUGGGCAAAAGGACUUGGGUUGGUUGGCAAGGUUUGAACCCGUUACCUUUCCAACCCAUACAACCUCAAAUCCACUACAACAUCUUUGUUGUUGCAGUCAUGGCACUUGAGAGUGUUGGGGUUUGGUCUAGGGCAAGGGUUGGUGGUGUUUGACAAUCACAUACUGAAACUUUUCCAG